AUGUUUAAACCAAAAAGUUAGAAAGAUCAAUAAUAACAGCCAUUUUAUUUGAGUUGGUUUACUAAUUAAGGGUACUUUAAUUGAUUGGUAAUUCAGUUUAGUGAAAACCUUAAGCGAGGAGGAACUGCACCACAUUAAUCUCGUAAAGAAAAAAUGCCUUUUAAAAGUCCAUACUAACAACCUUUGAUUACUGUUGUACAUAAUGUUCCUAAUCCAUACUUAAAAACUAUGUGAGUAGUAUUUUCAGUAACAUAGAUCACAGCCAAAAAGUUAAUAAAAUAAUAUCUAGCAGAUUUCAAAAAUUUAUGUAAGUCAAUUUUAAAGCACUGUUAAAAAAAGAAGUCUUGAAAAGCGUUAUGAUAAUGGUUCAAAGAGUGGGAGAGGUUCAUUUAAGCCUUCUAGAACAUUCACUUAACAAAUUUCAAGACCUUUUCGUAGUUCUGAGUAAUAACAGAGUAGACCAUAAACUCAAUAAAUGAAUACUUUGGAACCUAAGUUAAAUUGCGAGAAUUUAGUAGUUGUUGAUAAUUCCGAUAAUGAAUAAUUCACCCCUAGAGAACAAGAAGAGGUUGAAAUAGUAGAUAUGAACAAUAAUGAUGAUUACUCAAAUAAAUCAAAUGUAACUGAUAGUGAUGAACAUUAAAACCUUUAAUUACCUACAUAGCAAUAAGAAGAAAAAGAAAUUCAAAAAAAUGCAUCUUAUGUAUAGAAAUAAACUGAAGAACCAAUUGCAAGUAUAAGAAAAGCUACAGCUUGUCUUAAUAGACCAUAAACAUCUGAAGGUGCAAGAAGAAAAAGAUUCAUGAAUUCAGAUAAAAAUGAUUCAAAACAUGCUUUCGAAACAAAGCAAUCAGAUUUUAUGCUCUUAAAUUAUGAACCUAAUAUAAUCUAAGAGGAUUAUUAAGAGAAUUAAGAAAUUAUACCUAUAAACUUGAAUUAAUUGAAUUCACCAAAAGUAUGAUUUUGUUUCAUUUUAUUAUAAAGGAAUUGCUCUCCAUACGUUCUGGACAAAGAAGAAAGUAGACAGAGUAAAUUUAAAUUGAAAAUUUUGAUAACAAUGAAAGACCUCCUUCAAGACAUAAAACACCUCCAAAGGCAACUGGAUUAGAAUUACCUAUUCAAUCAGGCAAUUAAAAUUCUGAUAGGGAUGGUAUCGAAAUUCCUAUUAAAAAUAUGUAUGCUCAUAUUGAUGAAAUAUGUAAUAUUUGUUAAUAUUAUUUAAGCCAACCAAAAUAAUAAUAUGGGAAUUAUUAAGAAUAAUAAUGAUGAAUUUGAUGAUUUCGAUUUAGGGUUCUUCAAGAUGAUGAAUAAUCAAGUUAAUUUAAAUAAAUUUCAUUAAAGAGAUGGAUAUCGAACUGAUGAAGGAAGUAAGUAAUUCUUUUUAAAAAAGAAAAAUAAGUAUCAGAAUAAAAACAUCCUUAAUCUGCUAAUUUAAAGCAUAAUGGAAUGGGAUUCUAAAUUGUUUAAUACUCUCCUAUGAACAAUCAAAUUACUUCUGCUCAUGGAUUUAGAGCCAAAGAAGAAUAAAUAGUUAUUAAAUAUAAUGCUAGAUCAGCUUUAGAUAAGAACUAGAGUAAUUAACCAGUUAAGGUACCAUUUCAAACUUCAUUGGGUUAAGACUUUCUAAGAUUAUUUGCUAAUGAUUGA